UUAUUUAUUUCUAUUUACGCCCUUUUAAAAUUUGAUAAUUUAAUUGCAGAUGCGGAUUGUAUUAAAAACUAUUCAAAAUGAUGCAACAAUAUAUGAAAGAAUUGGAACAAGAGCCUUUUGAUGCCGAAGAAUUCGUAGAACGUUUGGCCUGGAGAACUUUAGCUGAAUCGAAAAGCGAAGGAGAGGAAAAUGAAAUUAAUCCGGUACUUCUUCACGAAUCCUUCGUUCAAGCCAUAAAGGACCUUAAUUUAUUGCACGAAAGGCAACAGAAAAAAUGCGAAAAAUUAGAAGUAGCCGUUAGAGAAGACGAAGCGACGUUUUUUCAAGAAGUUUAUAAUUUAUUGGAACAAAAUAAGCAAGCAAUGGAAACAUUUCAAGAACUGGAUGGCAAAAUUAAUCAUGUAGCUACUAAAGUUCUUCACUUGGGAGAUCAGCUAGACAGUGUCAAUGGUCCUCGAUCUAGAGUUGUCGAUGCCUUAAGCUUAAUGACUCAUUUGAGAGAAUUUCUAUCGAACGAACCAGUUUCAUCCACAAUAUUUACCAAUCAAGAAUACAUUGAUGAAGCAGCUGAUGUGAUUCAAAAGCUGUAUUUAAUAUCGCAAGAAUUGCCACCAAAGUUUGAAUCGAUAAAAAGGAAAAUAGAAAGGAAAUAUUCCGAUAUCGAGAAAGCGCUAAUAGAAGAGUUUGUUGGGGCUAUGGAUAAUGAGAAUUUAACAAGAAUGAAGGAGAUAGCUUUGGUCUUGUCUCAGUUUAAGGGCUACUCUCAAUGCGUUGAUGCGUAUAUAGAUCACAGCCAAGUGGGUUGUUUAUCUAGUAAAGAUGUCUUCUAUAACUUUUUGAAAUUGUGUAAAUACAACGAUGAAAUAAUUCGAAAAGUUUUCAAAAAUCCAGAGCAAGUGAUGGCGAAAUUCGUUUUAAAUAUAUAUCAGUUGAAAUUAGUGGAAUACAUAGAUCAAAAACUAAAUUCCAAAUUGGGUACAUACAGUUAUUUACAAACGUUAUAUGAGUUGUAUUCGAAAACUAAUAAUCUAUCAAGCGAAUUAACCGUUUUUCAUAUGGGAAACGACAAGAACUAUCUCACUAAAUUAACAACGAACAUUUUUAAUAAAUAUAUCAAUGAUUAUAUUUCUAUGGAGCUAAAGUGUCUCAAAGACAGAUGUUCGACUAGCUUGCAAAAAUAUUAUGAUUCGAAGAGCCAUCAAAAGAAACAGAUUCAAUCCGGGGGCUUUCAAGAUCUUAGGAGAGAUUUACAAGCAGUAAUAGGUACGAGGGCAAAUAUUAACAUAGCACAAAUUGAAAAUUACGGAGGUGAAACUUUCGUAUCGGAGGAAUUGGCUAUCAUGAUUCUUCAGGAUACUAAACAAGCUUUUCAACGUUGCUUAUUGUUGUCGAAAGGCAGUGAAAGAGCCUCUAACGCCACUCAAAUUUUAGACAGACUUAUUAAUAGUUUGCUGAUAGAGCAUGUAGACUAUGCAGUUGAAUUGGGUCUACAAGCCGUACCAGUUGUCGAAGGCGUUAGAAAUCCCCCUGUUUUGUAUUUUUUUAAUGUCGUGCAUCAAAGCAAUAAUAUAACCCAUCUCGUCGAGAAACAGUUUAUGGAUUUGGUGGUUCCCUUAGUAGAAAAUACUCCAAAAUAUAGCGAUUGUGUUCAGAAGAAAAAAUUUGUUUUGGAGGAUAUAGAAAGAAAAAUUAAUACGGGAUUAGAUAGGUGCUUGAGUGCGAUAUUAAAUUGGGUGAAGUUGUAUUUGCAAUCUGAGCAAAAGAAAUCCGAUUUUAAGCCAGAGUCUGAUGAUUUUGAUACAGUGGCAUCACCUGCAUGCAAGAACGUACUUAACUAUGUUAAUAGCAUUAUCAAAGAAAUUAAAACAAAUUUGGAUGGCAAUAAUGUAACGGCUAUCCUUCAAGAAUUAGGAAUUAGACUGCAUAGAGUUGUUUACGAGCACAUGUUGCAGUAUCAAUAUAACACUGCAGGUGCAAUGGUGGCAAUUUGCGAUUUAAACGAAUAUAGAUCUUGUACUAAACAAUUAGGUCCUUUGGUUGCGGAGCUUUUCGAUACUUUACAUGCUUUAUGCAAUCUUUUACUGGUCAAACCAGAAAACCUUCAACAAGUUUGCUCUGAAGAUUCCUUGGCAAAGUUAGACAGAGCAAUUCUCCACAGUUUUAUACAAUUACGAAGUGAUUUUAAAGUUCAAAAGCAAACAAUUUUAAAAGUUUAGCUGUUUACGCUUGUUUAUUUAUAUUUUUGAUAUUGUGUCUAAAGAAUAAAAC